AUGCCUUUCACAUACCGUCGUCGUGCUCGUGCCACCCCACGAACCACCACCACAACCCGCCCCCGUCGUAGCAUCUUCCCUCGACGCCGAGUUCAUCACACAACUCACACAACCCACACCACUCACGCCCCAGUGGUCGCUCACCACCACCAGAAGCGCCGCCCAUCCUUCAAGGAUAAGGUGAGCGGCGCCUUGCUUAGAAUGAAGGGCUCUCUCACGCACCGCCCAGCUGUCAAGGCUGCUGGCACUCGCAGAAUGCAUGGCACGGACGGACGGGGUUCCCACCGCCCCCGCCGCAGAAUGUUCUAA